GUUGUAUUAGCAGUAAGGUUCUGCACGAUACGUACGUCUUUUUGAAGGGGGCAUCACAAGGUAACACUGCAGGACAGGAUGGUCUAUCAUGAGUCGACGUUCAUCUGUCUGCUCUUGAAAUGGUUGCUGUUGCAGUCUAUACAGAAAGUGCUGGGUUUCUGCUAGUUUCACUUGUUGCGCAUGUGUUAUUUUUAGCUGCAACAUGGUUGCUUGGCUUCUUCCAAUGCACUUAGUUUAAUGUCGGUGCUUCACCUGCUGUAAUGUUGGCUGCUGUUAGUUAAUAGGGUUCGUGUAUAUAUCCAGAUACUGUUGCAAAAGGGAACAAUAAUUAUUACGUCUGUUGCGUAGUCUCUUUUUCUUGUAAUUGAAGGCAAUAACUUGUUUUUUUCAAAAUUCUUGACAUUUACUGUGAAUCAAUUACAUAGUUUUCAUUCUUUUUUAUUUUAUUUUUUUUAUCAGUCUGUAACUUUUUAGGAACUUGACUCAGUGCUGCACACAUUUUUGGAAUAUUUUAAUGGAAAAAAAAAUAAAGAAAUGAUUAGCUCAAAGAAUAAAAUCAAUUAUGGUGUGAGUUGUUAUAAUUGCCACCAUAUGUUGAAACUGACAUAAUACAGUUUUCUAUUUGACUAGGCAGUUUUUUGGAUAGCUUAAAUAAAGAAAGUAAUUGCAGUGUACAUUGACUAGCGUGGGCGAAUAAAACUUACUGGACAGUAACUCGUUUGCUUAUAAUCAAUAAUAUAAUUAUUAUAAGUUGGGCGGUCGAUUUGCGGGUAUAAACGGCGAUUGCGUGGCUGGCGGUUCUGAGUCGAUCAGUGCACUCAGGUGUGUCUACGCCUGUGUUUUGGGGCUUUAUUCUUUGAGAAACUCUCCUUUGACUGUCGUGACGCAGAUAGGCACUCAAAGCCUUGAUGUUUGAGAGCAAAGCUGGAGACUCGAAUAUGAACUCGUGGGUACAAGUUCACAUCAUGACCGAGUUUGAGGAGUGCAAGUGGGGACAGAAAGCGGCGCUUCUUCACAUAUUCUACUACAUACUGCUGAUCUGGACCAAAGAAAUGGGUGCUUUAGUAGAUUUCUCAGGUUACUUGUCCAGAAUAUUGCAGAAUCACUCUGCCCAUGCCUGCGAGGGUGAACAGUUGCAUCUGCAGUGUCCAAGACAUUCAACCGUCAGUGUACUGUCAGCAUUUUAUGGGCGCAAUGAACCUAGUUCCCACAUGUGUCCAAACAAUUCAAGACCUGCUGAAAGAGAGGAGAAUCAAAAUUGCUCAUCAUUUACUGCAUUGCAGAAAGUGCUGGCUGAAUGCCAGGCUCGCCGUGCCUGCCAGCUUCCUGUCAAUAACCAUGUUUUUGGGCUUGACCCUUGUCCAGGCGUAACUAAAUACCUUCUUGUCUCAUAUAAAUGCAAACCAACUGAACACAAAACCAAAGUAGGAUGUGAAGGGGGACAGUUGGAAUUGCAGUGUAAGGAUCCUAAAGUCAUUAACAUCUACUCGGCAGUCUAUGGUAGAUGGCAGGAUGAGAAUGAGGUCUGCUCCUUGGGUGGCAAAUUACCGCAGUUUGAAUGUCUAUUCCAUGGAGCUGUGGAGUUUGUAUCAAAGAUGUGCUAUGCCAAACAGAGAUGUAAUAUAAUGGUCAACAACCACCAUUUCAAAGACCCAUGCUUACCUGGAGUUAGAAAGUACCUCAGAAUAAUCUACAAGUGUGUUCCAGAGACUUUACUCAAAGAAGUAGAUCCAAGUUUGUCAAAGCUGAUCCCUUCUCUGAAACAAAAUCAUGAGAAUGGGAUAAUUUUGCAACCCAAAGGGUCAAGACUUCCAGACAAUAACAGUAUUCUUGUCAGCAACUCUCUGGCUGUGUAUGCCUAUAUUAAAGAUCACCCAGAAAGGACCGCCCUUCUGUUUGUUUCUAGUGUCUGUAUGGGCCUGUUCGUCACCUUGUGUGCUCUGGUGCUCCGAGUGUCCUGCAGGAAGGAGCUCCAGACUCAGUGUCGCGGGAGAUUACUGCACAGCAGAGACUCUAAAUGCGAAGAAGAUACUAACGACACAAACGAGGAUGGCUCAUCAGAUUCCUGCGAUAUGAAUGGCAUUUACAAAACUGCAGCCAUCGAUCUGGACCCAGCAGAGGAAGCCGAACUGGCAGAAAGAAUAGAAAGACGGGAACAAAUAAUCCAAGAGAUCUGGAUGAACAGCUGCUUAGAUGGGACAAUAAUCAGAAGUAUAAACCAGUAUUAUUGAACACUGGGACUGUAAAAACUUUCGUUCUGUGUUCAAAUUUAUUAUUAUUAUUAUUAUUUAUUAUUAUUAUUAUUAUUAUUAUUAUUAUAAUAUAUUUAUAAUAACCCUUUAGAUCCCGGGUACUUUUUGACUACCUUGCAGACUCUUCAGAAUUUUUGCAGGAUUGUCUAUGGUAUUUUGAAAUUAGCAUAAAACAUUCUAUUUAUUUUAUUUAUUUGUAGAAUGAUAAACUGUUCUUUCAAGAAAAAUAUAGACUGGUGUAAAAAAAAAAAAAAAAAAAAAAAAAAAAAACCCUCACUGUUUUGAUAAACUGUCCUUCUGUAACUCCCAAAAUAGAUUGCAUCAAAACAUGAAAUGUCUGUAAUAUCCUUUUCCAGGUUAUAGUGUACAGUAGGUCUCUCCAUCUGCAGUCCUUAUGAUGGCAUAUAGAGACCCCAGUGGGUUAAUAUGCCGUACUCCUUCUGUGACGCUCAGAUCAGAAGUAUACUGGCUCCUAGUGGACAGAGGUCAACCUAACAAAUAGGCAGAAAUGCUUGAGAGUUCCAGAAGACAAUAGCAUUGGGUCGAUUUGUGGUGCACUGCACGCAGACCUACGAGGAAAAGUGAAGCUUCAAACCUGACCCUAGCCAAUACCAUUGUUUUUCACCUUUUAUGAGGACUGAAUUCACAAAACAAAUUACCACUAAUGACCGUCAUUGGUCAGUGGUCUUCACUGCCUGGGUGCCACUGCAAGUAACUGCUCUAAAGGUGCAUGGCCUCCUUAACCAAGGACUGAACCCCAGCCUCCAGGUCCAAAGUCCUGCUCCAUGCCAAAAAAGCAAGGCACCAUUUACAUAAAGGUUUUUAUGAGAUCUACAUUCUAAACCCUAGAAUAUUUCCAGCAGUGUUUUGUAUUCUGAGCUUGCAAACAACAUUCACAGCAAGAAUGUGCCUAUUUAUUCACAAAGGGAGAUGGCAAGAAGGCUUCAACAUGCUCAAAGAGGGAAGAAGCUUGCUGUAGCUGGAAGUAUUGAUCGAGGAAACCCAAAAAAAAAAAAAAAAAAAAAUGCUACCUCAGCUAGACCUCAGUUGAGAUGGGAAUGAGAGUGACAUCCACAGUGGAUGAAAUCACAUACCAUGUGAAUAAACAUAACCUUGUUUUUGACACUGCAGCUUUAAAAUUACAUUUCUGUCUUGUAUGUUGAUAACUGUUCAAUGACUCUAAUGAGGUUGACAGUGUAUUCUUGGUCACUCUUUGCUGUGUAAGACCUGUGAGCAAAACAAAAAGUGCUAGAGUAAGGCCACCAAACACUUAUACAUAAGUCAAAUCAAAGUAGAAAGCAGACAACUUAUUUAAUCUGUUUAUAACCUGUUGCAGUUCAAACAUUUAGAAUGCUUUGUCGUUGACACUGAGUACAUGACCAAUGCUCUUGCUGUUAUGUUUAAGUGUCAUUGUCUCUUGUUAUGCUACAUAAAAAAUAUAUAUAUAAA